AUGGAAGGCGACUUAGUCGAACGCAUCCAGCAUCAUAGCGUGGACUUGAUACAUUCUCAGACGUUUCGCCGGCCUCGGAGUCGGCAUCAUCAGUGCGUUCUGCCAUUGUCCGCGCCCAGUUACCAACUCGUCAAAGAGACAAGUGAAGUCACUUUCUGUCCUGGCCUAUCUAUCUACUCUUUGCCCUCUUAUCCCACUGCUGCCCAAUCACAGCUUCUCACCUGUUUACAUUCUAUUCGUCCAAUGUGGCCACAUCACACUUGCUAUUCACCCCGACCAUCUCUCGUUCGAUCUGAUGAUCCGACUCGGGCCUCCGAUCCGGAUCUCCUCAUUGUCUCGUAG